AUGAAGCAGCGCAAGCCCUACGACUACGGCGGCAACCCUCUGGCACACAUCAACACUGGCGAAUCUGUUCGUCUUCCUGCUUUCGGUGGUGAAUUCCAACCCGGUCUCUACAAGCCCAUUGCCGACCGCAAGUUCGCCAACCCUGCACCUCUUGGUCUGAGCGCCUUCGCCCUCACCACCUUCGUCCUUUCUCUCAUCAACCUUGGUACUCGCGGUAUCGCUGAGCCUAACAUCGUCGUUGGUGCCGCUUUCGCAUACGGUGGUCUGGUCCAGCUUCUCGCUGGCAUGUGGUAUAUGGCUGUCGGAAACACUUUCGGUGCCACUGCUCUUUCGUCUUACGGUGGUUUCUGGAUUGGCACUGCUAUCAUCUUGACUCCUGGUGGCUUCGAAAUCGCUAGCGCCUACGAGGGUACUUCAUUCGACGACGUCUUUGGUUUCUAUCUGAUGGGCUGGUUCAUCUUUACCUUCAUCCUGCUCAUUUGCACGUUGCGCUCGACCGUUGCAUUCUUCUUCCUCUUCUUCACCCUCGAUCUUGCGUUCCUUAUGCUCGGUAUUUCUUACCUUCAGCACGGAAACGUCGCUUGCCUCAGAGCUGGUGGUGCUUUCGGUAUGCUUGCUGCAUUCGCUGCCUGGUACAACGCCUUGGCCGGUAUUGCCGACACCAGCAAUUCGUUCUUCAUCAUCCCUGUUGCUCACUUCCCCUGGUCCGACAAGGGUCGCGAGAGACGUGAGAAGGUUGACAACUCUGAGGCUCGUGCCGCAGAGUCUGUCUAA